AAUAGUGUGUUUACAACUAACAAAAAUGCCUAAUUCUUCUGGUAAUACCCUUAUUAUUAGAAAUACCGAGUCUGGUUUCGUACUAGAUGCAAAAGAAUUCAACGUAAAAAUUCAAAAAUACACCGGUGCUACGUCACAACAAUGGAAACUGGAGCCUUCUGAUAAAGGAAAAUUCAUAAUUGUAAACGUCGGGAAUAAAAAAGUUUUGGAUAUAAAGGACGCAGCUCAGGUUAAUGAUGAUGUAAUAACUUAUCCUCAAAACAGCCCACUAAGCCCAAAUCAACAAUGGUACAUCAAUGCAGAUGGCACAAUCGAGUCUUCUGUUAAAAAUUUGGUUUUGGACAUCUACAGCGGCAAUUUAGUUGUUGGACAAAAACUCAUCGCUUAUUACAAGACCGGGACACCAAACCAAAUAUAUCAGUUGCAAGAUGUUUAAAGACUUUGUAUAAAAUAUUACAUUUUAUUAUUAAAUAAAACCGCAUUUUAAUCAAUAUUA